AUGGCCACGACCGCCGCAGACAAGACCAGGGCGGCCGCCAGUGCAAAAACCCAAGAUCCCGGCGAACACUGCGGCGACGGCACCCCCCUGUGCGCGGGAGGUUCAGGGCACGAUGGGGGGCCCAGCAGGGUGAUGGCGAGCUUCGGCGGGGGGACGAGGACGACGGGCGGGCACGGUGAGACGCAGAUAGCGCUGAGCAGGCUGCACAGGGACGACAGCGAGAUUCCGAGGUCCUGCAGCGAGGCGAGGUGGAUUGUGUGGGAGGGGGUCGGCGUGUUGGCGACAAGGCCCGUGUACAACGCCGCUCCUAUGGCGAAGCAGCUGGCUCCCACGCAUAGUUAG